AUGUCAUCGUCUCAGAAGGGAAAUCUUUUGACUCGUGUCAAGCGUAUUAUACCACCAUUGUCUGGAUCAGCGCAUAAGGGACAGGCUGGCCGAGUGGGUAUUUUUGGCGGUUGCCAGCAUUAUACUGGAGCUCCUUACUAUUCUUCUAUGAGUUCUAUGCUCUUUGGCACUGACCAAAGCCAUAUCUUCUGUGAAAAGAAUGCUGCAAACGUUAUAAAAAGCUAUUCUCCUGACCUAAUUGUACAUCCUUUCUUACGAGAAAAGGAAAACAAAAACCCUGGUGACUCUAUUGAUGGUAUCAUGGAACUUGUCAAGCCUAUGAUGGAACGAUUGCAUGCCAUCGUUAUCGGUCCAGGCUUGGGCCGUGAUGAAUGGAUGCUAGAGACUCUUGCCAGAGUUAUUCAGUAUGCUCGGGAAAAGGAAAUGCCUAUGGUAAUUGAUGCAGAUGGUCUCUUCUUAGUUCAACAGCGCCCUGAACUAGUGAGCGGAUAUCAUAAUGUGGUAUUGACGCCUAAUGUCGUGGAGUUUAAACGUCUUUGUGACAAAGUAAAUGUUCAAAGCGAAGGCUCUGAUGCCUGCCAAAAGCUGGCCAAAAAGUUGAAUCUUUUGAUUGUCCAAAAAGGUAAAGAAGAUAUAAUUUCGGAUGGGGGUACAAUCUACGCUUGCUCUGUUCCCGGAGGAUUAAAACGAUGUGGUGGUCAAGGCGAUAUCCUUACUGGUAUUCUUGUUACUUUCCUUGCUUGGCGAAAGGCUUACUUGGGUAAACAGUGGGAUAUUGAAGGCGACAUGGAUGCUAAGGAAUGCUUGUUUUUGGCAGCAUAUGGAGCUUGUGCCACUACUAGAUGGUGCAGCCGUGUAUCGUUCAAAGAAUCUGGAAGGGCAACACAGUCAAGUGACUUGGUUCGCCAUGUUGGUCAAGUUUACAAUGCUCUAAUGGAUGAUGAAAUUCCAUCAAGUGAACAGCCGAUUAAGGAAUAG